AUGAACGCGCUCGCAACUAUUUCUGCGGCUCGUGCGUGCGCACAAACCCUGCUCUUUGAGAGCUUGCGAAUUAAUGCGUUCAAGGGUGCUAUUCCACAUGUCCUGCUUGUUGUUGACAGCGUCCCGUGCGUACAGCAGAAAGCCUUGAUUGAGGGGUAUCAUCAGAUUCUUGAGGAGUACAACAAUCACGCAGAGAAUUCCGACAAGCUGGAGGAAGCCAGCUCCGGGAAGACUUUCAUUUCGUUGAAUCACACGACGAUGGCGCCUUGCGGGUCAUCUGGCUUAUUCUCUCCCUCCAAUGACGUAGGGGGUGAUCAUGGCGAGAGUUCUAUCUCGUACUCCAUUGUACCCUUCUCACGGUUCAGCUUUGUUAAGGAUGUGAAGCAUCUGCAGUCCUUUUUCCGUCAGUGCGGAGGCGAAGCGGUGCACAAUUCCACGGCUGAGGCCACAUCCGACGCAGGCGUCAUCGCAUCGGCGCGUUGGACAGAUGAGCAGUUUUUGGGCAGUUUGAAUGAGUUGGCCGCGUAUUUGCAGCCGCUCCCCGCAGGUGGGGCCCAUCCCUCCAUGGAUGUUCAAGAGGCAGCUGGUGAUGAGGAAAGUAGUCCACUUGUACAUCACAUAUUGCACGAACAAGCCGCAAAGUUUUCUGCCUUCCUUCGUGGUCCAAGAGCGCCCCUCCGCGAGUUACUUGGAGUUAUUCUAAUUCAGCGGAACGCCUUCCAGAACGAGCUGAAGCAGUAUCGGCUGCGUCUUAGUCUAUUUGAUAUGGGCUUGCGCGUGGCUGAGCACUGCCAUCUGGAGUGCAUGAGUGUCGAAGCGGAUGUUCUGGCGGCGGCCGGCCGUUAUGUUGAGGCUCUGGCGGACGAUCAGGUCUACAGCUACGCUCGAUCUUGCUCACUGCGACCGAGUAUUGCGGAGUCCAUUGGAAGAGCAAUCGCCGACUCCAUCGAUGGCUAUGCAUGGAGGCGGCCGUCCUGGGAAGCGCAACGCACUGAUGGCAAGGAGGUCUCGGAUGGAACCACAAAGGGGUUUAUACCACCACCAGAAUCAUUGAGGAGUUGCAUUCAGGAUGCCUCCGUAUGGAAGCUGUUAAAGACCGGCUCCAUAGCUUGGAGGGGGUUGGAGAAUGGCGUGGGGGAAACCGAGGUCCUCGAGGGCAGCGGUGGUGUACCCGGUGAUGAGUCGAUCAGUGGAGUUGGAGAACCCCUAAGGAUUGUGUGUAAAGGAGAUCCUCAGCACGUUCUGAUCUUUUCUGGCGGUAUGGAGGACUGCCUCAUGAAUACGGGGCACUACCCAGCGGCAUGGGAGGCAACACGCAAUGACGUACACGCCCAUCGCCUACGUUUCGUCUGCGGUACAAACGACGCAUCCCCUUCUGCUCCGCCUAUGGGAGUGCAAAAAGCUUCGCCAGAGUCCUCGUCAGCCGCAGAAGCUGUGGGGCGUGGGGGUAUGAAAAAGAAAGAUUAUCUCGCUAUGCUCAAGCAGAAGGGUCAGAAGCCUAACAAAUCGCCCAAGAUCGACAGUGACGAUGACGAGCAUAGUGGCAUUACGCGGCGAACCGGCAGUUCUUUGGCUACCGAACCGACUGGUUCUCGUAUAUCGGCAAGUAUCGGCGGUACCUUUCCAAUUGGUGAGGUCAUCAGCGAAUCGUUCGACCUUUCGAUGUUAAACGGCAUCUGCGAGGUCUUUGCAUUUCCAGAUCGCUUCAAACACGUUACUUUAUCUAUGCCAAAGCCUUUUCUGAUGACCAUUGAGGGCGGGCGCGUCGCGAGCGUCAGUGAGGACGCCCCUGAUGAGUUUGUGGAUAUGUUGAGCCUAGUGCGGCAGUCGGAGGGUGAUUGUUGGGUGCGAGAGCUAGGUAUUGGCCUAAACCCUUUCAGUGGGCUUUCCCAUAUCCUUUCGGACGUGACCUCGUUCGAGCGGCAGUGGGGGAUUCAUCUUUCGCUGGGCAAACGGCACCCUCUCUUCGUAAAGCAGAAAGCACCCCGCAACGCGGAUGGCUCCGUGGUCGGUGAUGUCCAUGUUAAGGGACCUGUGCUGAAGCGUAAGGAAGGUAAGUAUCAUAUAGACGUGUUUGUUGAUGCAGCGAAGCUUACUAUGGGUAACCUUGAAGUCGAUUUCACAAAGGGUACGGUGGUGUCUUGA